AGCCGGCAGUCACUCUCUGCAGUCGCUCGGCAGUCGGCACUCUUGCGCAGAAUACCGCUCGAUUCGGGGCCAGACGAACGUCCGCACGGCCAGGCGCCGCGCACGCAACAUUGGAAUAAGUGACAAAAAGUGGUGAACAUUAAAUUAAAUUGAUCGUGCAAAGUGGUACUUCCCAGCUAAGGCCGGAUCCCUCGCGACGAGUCCCAGGGCGACAAAUGAAAUGGCGCGCUACCAGCUCCUCUGUCUAAUCAUCGUCGCUACAACGGAUAUUAGAACGUGCUACGGCGAGAACGAGACAUUGAAGGAACAAGAAAGUACUUUGCCCGAGCUGGCUAAGGAGGUGGAGGACAACAGCCGUUACAAAACACUAGAGGCUAACGCAACUGUUCUUAAACUUCUUGUGGAUGACAAAAAUGGAGUCAGCAGAUCGGAAGUGUUCGACAUGCUACAUUCGAGGGAUGACGAUGAACACCACGUGGACUUGCCAACUUUCCCUGAAGACGCAGAAGAUGCUCGGGCAGAAGUGCCUUUAACGCCUGAUUCCCAAGCAGAGUUCUUACAAGCUGCUGGCGAUGCUGUUCGCAAGGAUUCGCAGAAAAUACGAUCCGGUAGCGUCAGAGGGGAACCAAUAGGAGCUGCAGCUGGCAUCAUGGUCGUGGUCACUUGCAGCAUCGUGUGCCUCGCCUACACAGCCCUCAUCGUGUGGAGGAGGAUAUACCUAAAACGUAAUGGCCUCAAACACGAACUUCUACGAAAUGAAGAAACCAUUGCCGAGACUAGGAUAGAACUGUGAACAUCAUGAUGGGAAGAGCCUCGAACACGUUACUUAAUUCUCCAGAUGAUCAGUUUCGGUGGCACCACUUUCCGAGAAGCUUCAAGACUGAAUAACACUAAAUUUCAUAGAAUAACCAUCAUUUAGAAACUAAGUAGGUCUACAAUGUAGACAAGCUUUGUGCAUCCAUACAUGAAUUUUAUGCAAUCAUUAAUCAUCGUUCAUUCUGCAACCAUGCUGGUAACUUGAUGAUGAUAAGGAUAAGGUUGCCUUUCAUAAGAUAAACUGGUUCUUGUCAAAAAUUACACCUAAACUGUGUUGCACUAUCUUUAUUGAUUCUAUAAUCUUGUAAUCAGGCUUCACUGAUUCUAGUCAAGGUAAAUACUUUUCAAUAUAUCGAAAUUUCAGCUAUUCUUCAGAACAUUUUCUGUUGCACCUAACUGUAAUUAUUUUUAAGUGAUUAAAUAUAAUCGCAUAAACUCAACGAUUGUAAGUACAAUGUUUGUAUUUUAUGGCAAAAUUUUUAAGGUUUUUUUUUAUGAAAUCAUUAUGUUUUUUUUUUAAUUACUUCCGCCGAUUGCAAAAUAAAUCAAAUAAUAGUGUGCCAUAUCAAUUUGUAGAAUAAACCAUGUUGGUUGUAGUCAAUAUAGUAUGAGAACUAUUGGCAUGUUUAAAUAUUUAUUUAUAAUUUAAAGUCAGAACAUGUCUGUGAUGUUUUAAUUAAGGAAAUUUGGUAAUUAAA